UUCUUCGUCCAUUAGUUACAGAGGAGGAGGUACGUCCGUACGGUAUGCGAGAAACCUCCAUCGCAGAAUCGUAGCCGAAAUUCCGAAAAUUGACCCAAAAAGUUUUCAAUUUCCCUUUCAAUUUUUGUCUCAUUCGGAUUUCUCCAAAUGGAGGCACGUACAUGCAUCAGAAUUCGUACAAAUCAUCUUCACCCAUCAGGCAUGGGAUCGUACGUUCGUUUUCACCCACUCCAAAAGCGUGAGUUACCGGAAAUUAUGCGUUUCAAUGUGCGCAUAAAAUCUCUUCAUCUUCCAAAACGCUCCAUUUCCGUCAUCGUGGCUUCUUCGUCGCUGGAGCUCUCGAAACAGGUUUUGAGUAGAUUCCGCUAUGGCCUUCAGACGUAGUCUGUCAAUCAGGUCCUUGUUACGUAGUCAUCGCUACCGACCAUCGCACAGCUGUGCCAUUCCUCUCGACCAUGAUCAUGCAAGGAAGUGUUUCCUUCAAGCUCCAUUGCAACGAAGUUACCAUAGUUAUUUUCAUCAGAGUUUCCGCAGCAAUUCAGCUUUCUCUCUAAAUCUGCGAGGAUAUUCAAAUUCUCCUCCAUGCCCUCCUCUGGGUUUCGCUUUGUAUCGUCCUAUGUCAACUGCCCACGGUGCUGGUUCAGAUGAACCCGAUAGCAUGGAUGAUAUGGUGGAAGCCAUUACCAAUUCUGCGCUGGAAAACGCAGCUUCUCAGGCUACUCUAGCCAAUGAACUCGCUAAGGCAGCUAGUGAUUGUACCAUCCCUGUUGCUGCUGCUCAGAAUUUGAUUGACAUGGUGCAUUCUUUCACUGGCUUGAACUGGUGGGCUUCCAUUGUCCUGACAACACUUCUGAUUCAAGGAGUAGCAGUCCCACUCGUGGUUGGUAGCCUCAGAAUCAUUUUACACAAAAUGGGCAUGGAUCCAGCUCCUGUUGCUGAAAGCGCAGGAAGUGCAAAUGGUGUGCUUCAGAGGUUAUAUACUCCUGGAGGAGUUUGUCGUCUCAGUACCCUUUUCAUCCCCAUUGUAGUGCCGAUCGAGUAUACUGCUCUGGCUGCCAUGUCAAAAGCUACUUAUGAUAUGGCAGGGAAUAUAUCUUCCUUCAAAACCGGUGGUGCAUUAUGGUUCACUGAUCUCACAACUAUGGAUGCUUCAGGCAUCUUUCCAGUUUUAUUGGGAUUGACUCUGUUAAUUGAUGUAGAGUCUUUCCAGCGUGUGAUGAAAGGCCAGCGUGCGAUGAAAGGCUUUGAACAGUUCCUGCCAUUUCGUCAGGGUCCCAACGUGGUCCGGUGUUUGGCUAUUCUCAUGGCUAUAUGUUCGAUAUCGGCGGCAAAGGCCACACAUUGCUUCUGGAUUACCUGGGCUCUCUUCUCUCUUAUCAGUUCACAUGUGCUUAAGCGUCCGGGAAUCAAGAAGUUUUUGGGCAUCCCGGUGGUAUCUGGCAUCUGUGCUGAAACCCAACGCCGGUUAUUUUGGUUUGGUGUAAUCGAGACGGGUUUAGUUCUUUUAUUUGUAUUUUGAUUUCGAGAUUUCUUUCGGAACGGUCAAAUGUAGCUGUCACUCUCUAAUGCAAACACUUGAAAAAAAGAUUGAGGUGAGCAUUCUCCCACAAGAUUUUUCCA